CACUAUAAUUUCUUAUCAUUCUUAUUAUCUCAUCGCAUUUACCAUCGAAGAGAUAAAAGCCAUUUAAAUAUUAUUAAAAUCAAUUUAUAGCUAAAAUCCCAUCAGUAAAUACAAAAUAUUUAAGAUAAGAUUAAUUGUUCUAAUCUAAAAGACUAGUGUUGAUUACCAAAUGAAUAGUGAAUAGACAACUAGUGAGUUUAGAUAGUAAACGCAGAUAUCUUAUAUAUGUAUAAUGGAUAUUGGGGCUCUUUUGCAGGAUACAUGCCCUGGAAACCUACAGGGCAUGUCAGGAUAUUUUUUUCUGACUUUAUUGAACAGUUUAAUGAACUCCAAGUGCAAGUUAGGUAACACUAACGACUAUACAGAAGACUAUGCUCCCAGAUUGAAAGAUGGAGAUGAGUUUGACUUUAUAGUGGUAGGUUCUGGUUCAGCUGGAGCGGUGGUAGCGAAUAAGCUAAGUGAAAAUCCGAACUGGAAAGUGUUGGUACUGGAAGCUGGAGGAUAUCCAUCAGCAACUAGUGACAUACCAGCACUUCUAUUUGGUGCUUCAGGAGGAGAAGAAGACUGGCAGUACCGAACGGAACCCUCUCCACUAAAUUGUCUAGGAUUCAAGGACGAACAGUGUAUAUGGCCAAGGGGCAAAGGUCUUGGAGGUAGCAGCAUUUUAAAUGCCAUGAUGUAUAUCAAAGGAAAUAAAAGAGAUUACGAUACAUGGGAGGAACUGGGAAAUACUGGAUGGGCUUGGAACACUGUUAAAGAAUAUUUUAAGAAGUUGGAAAAUAUGCAAACUAAAGGAGUUAGUGAUCAGUAUGGAAGGGAUGGUUAUAUGACGCUUAAUAGAUAUCCUUCAGAUCAACCAAUUGCCAGUGCAUUAGAAGAAGCCUUCAAAGAAAUGAAGUUACCUCUACUCAACGAGGAAAAUCCCGUGAAUCCUCUAGGAGCACUGACAGCUUUUCAAUGUAUUAAAGAUGGAAUUAGAUUUAAUACAGGAAGAGCAUUUUUGGGUCAAGUUAAAAGCAGAUCAAACCUUAUGACUGCUUUGCACUCUUUUGCUAAGAAAGUAAUAAUAGACCGAAAGAGCAAAUCAGCCACCGGAGUGCAAGUCGAAAUUGGAGGAAAAAUUAUAAACUUAAAAGCUAAGAAAGAGGUGAUAGUUUCCGGUGGAACUAUCAACUCACCACAGCUGUUGAUGCUAUCUGGUGUAGGCCCCAAACGCUGUCUUGAAAAAGUGAAAGUCGAUCUCAUUAAAAAUCUGCCCGUUGGUGAACACUUAGAAGAUCAUGUAUUGCAUGUCGGAUUUUUCGUGAAGUUUAAUCCCGAAAUACAAUCAAAAGAAAAUCAGUUAGAUACGAUAUACAAGUACUUUGCCCACCAACAAGGAGAUUUAGGAACUAUCAUGAUCACCAACAUCAUGGAUUUUAUAAACACCAAAAAUGAUUCGCAGUAUCCAAACAUUCAACAUCAUUAUUUACUCUUUCCCAUGAACGACAGUUUUGUAGCAUCAGGUUUUCCAUCAUCAUGUGGACUAAAAGAUGAGAUCUUGGCAAAUAUAAAUGACGCGGUUGAACAAAAAUCAGUCCUGGCAAUUACCUCUACUGUACUUAAUCCAAAAUCUCACGGAAAAAUUCUGUUAAAAACCAACAAUGCCAAAGAUAAACCGUUAAUUUAUCCUGAAUACUUAUCAGAUCAAAAUGAUGAGGAUAUGGCAUCCAUGCUGGAAUCUUUAAGAUUCUUGGAAAAUCUUAUAGAAACUUCCCCCCUGAAAAAGUAUGAUCCAGAAAUAAUCCAGUUCAAUCUUCCAGAAUGCAAAAAAUUUGAGUUCCGUUCAGAUGACUACUGGAAGUGCUCCCUAAGACAUCUCACGACAACACUCUACCAUCCCACAGGAACCUGCAAGAUGGGACCUUCAGACGAUGGAACUUCUGUGGUUGAUCCAGAGUUGAGGGUGUUCGGAAUCGGUAACUUAAGAGUGGCCGACGCUAGUAUUAUGCCGAAUAUAGUCAGUGCUAAUACGCAUGCGCCCACCAUGAUGAUUGGUUAUAAAGCGGGACUAAUGAUUAGCAAAUUCUGGAGCGAUAAACAUACUGAACUAUAGUAUAUUAUUAAUUUGUGUUUAAGUUAAAAUAAAGAAUGUAUUUUUGUUCAAA